GCGCACGCGCAGGCGGCCUGUGCGGCCCGCGGACCUGGCGGCGGCGCCGAGUGCGCGGCUCGUUUCUGCCGCGGUCUGGUGAGGAGCUGCGCCUCGGCGUGCUCGGCUGCCGCCGCAGUGCAGUCGCCGUUUCUGGUCACGCGCGGGAUGCUGCUUCUGGCGUUGGGCGGCCCGUGGGCGGCCGGACUGCGGCUUGGUGGGAAGAGGACGGCACCGUGGGCAGCCACUGCGCUCCGAGGCCCUAGGGCGGCCGUCUGGCGGGCGGCCUCCUGCAGAGGCUCCUCGGGGCGGGGCGGCGGCGGGAGCGCGGGGCUGUCGGCAGCCGCGACGCUUCUGCCGUGUCGGUUGCGAGCGCAGAUACCUGUUUCUUGGGAAAGAUGUGUUCGAUGUUUACACACACAGCUUGAAAAAUCAGAAGAUGGAAGGCUGAUUUAUACUGGGAAUCUGGCCCGAACAGUAUUUGGUGUGAAAUGUUUUUCUUACUCUACAAGUCUGAUCAGCCUUGCAUUUCUACCGUACAUUUUUGCACAAAAUAAUAUUAUAUUUGGAAGUCUGCCUUUGCAAAUCUUAUUUUAUGGCAUCAUAGGAAGCUUUACAGUGAUCACUCCAACACUGCUUCACUUUCUUACAAAAGGCUAUGUCGUUCGGUUGUACCAUGAGGCCACAACAGACACUUAUAAAGCCAUUACUUAUAAUGUUGUGCUUUUGGAAACGAGUACAGUGUUCCACCAGAAUGAUGUGACAAUUCCAAAUAGCACACAUGUGUUUACCACAUUUUAUGCUAAAACAAAAUCACUGUUAGUUAAUCCAGCACUCUUUCCAAACCCUGAAGACUAUAACCAUCUAAUGGGUUAUGACAAACCAUUCACUUUUGAUGUGGAAGAAACCAGUGAAAAGAAACAGCUUAAAGAAGAGAAAUGAGUCUGUCGUUUUUAUGUUUGCUUAAAUGUGAUUUAUGUUCCAGUGUAUAAUAAUUGCCUUUACUUAUGAUUUUUGUUAGUGACUGAUUGUUAAAAAACUAAUUUGAAAUUGUAUCACAGAACUUUUACUUUCCAGAGAAUUAUGUUCCUUUGUAAUAAAAAAAAGUUACAUUUGAAAAACAAAACAUACAAUACUCUAUCAUUUGUGUUAAAAGGGUGUGAAAAUACAUGUAUAUGCUGAUAUAUGCAUGGUUACUUUUAUAUAAUAAGUGUGAUUGCCUCUCAGCUGGGGAUUGGAUGUCAGAAGCAAAUGGGAAAGUUAUUUUUCCUUUGUGUUUGGAUUUUUCUAAGGAUAAAGAUAUUACCUUUUCCCACAUUGAAAACUCUUUAAAAAUUCACAGAUUAUGGGAGACUGUUAAUCUGCUUCCUUUGGCUCAGAGCACAGGUUUUUGCCUAUCAUCUCUGGCAUGGCUGCCCACGUUAAAGAUAUCCAUGUCCAGUAGGGUGUGGUUAGCUCUUGGGGAAGUGGUGACCUAAGUAGUAUCGUCUUCAGUGGUUCCAUUUGUCCCUCCAUGUACACUCUCCUUUGUUACACCCUGACACAGUGGGAAAAUUG